CUGGAUCGUCAAAAAGAAGAACAAACACAGCCUAGAUUUUCGCAGAAUUACUGCCGCCAAAUUACCCCACCGACAAAAUCAUCCAAACAGAAAUUCCAAUCAAUCACAGCAAAACCAGGCGGAUCUCCAUUGAUAAAUCCAAGGAAAGCAAACCAACAAUCAACCACCAAGUAACAAUGGGAUCUCUUCCGCCAUCGCUUGAUCUCCCAUUGCCAAAAACAACUCUUAUCAAUGGCGGAGGAGGAGGAGGAGAAGCAGAGAUUUCUGAGGCCAGUCUUUUGAAGCUAUUCAGAGCUCAACAAAGCCACCUCAACUACUUCUUCCAGAACCUUGACCUCACCCAAACGCUUGCAUUUACUCGUAUUCUCCUCAAUUCCUCCGGCACAAUCUUCUUCUCCGGCGUCGGAAAGUCCGGCUUCGUUUCAAACAAGAUCUCCCAGACUCUUGUUUCUCUAGGCAUUCGAUCCUCGUUUCUCUCCCCUGUUGAUGCGCUCCAUGGCGACAUCGGGAUUCUUGGACCGGCUGAUAUCCUCGUUCUCUUCAGCAAGUCCGGGAAUACCGAGGAGCUGCUCCGUCUUCUUCCCUGCGCGAAGGCGAAAGGCGCUUUUAUUAUCUCCGUCACGUCAGUCGUCGGCAAUGCUCUCGCCUCUCUCUGCGACAUGAAUGUUCACCUUCCUCUCCAGAGGGAACUUUGUCCAUUCGAUCUCGCUCCUGUCACCUCCACUGCUAUCCAAAUGGUGUUUGGAGACACGGUUGCUAUUGCUCUCAUGACCGCUCGCAAUCUCACCAAGGAGGAGUACGCCGCCAAUCAUCCUGCCGGGCGGAUCGGCAAGAGCCUGAUUUUCAAGGUAAAAGACGUGAUGAAGAAGCAGGAUGAACUUCCAGUGUGCAGGGAAGGAGAUUUGAUAAUGGAUCAGCUGGUAGAGCUUACCAGCAAAGGAUGUGGAUGCUUGCUUGUCAUAGACGAAGAGUAUCACCUGAUCGGAACAUUCACUGAUGGGGAUCUUCGUCGAACGCUCAAGGCUAGUGGAGAAGCCAUUUUCAAGCUCACAGUGGGAGAAAUGUGUAACAGGAAUCCGAGGACGAUUGGUCCAGAUGCAAUGGCAGUGGAAGCAAUGCAGAAGAUGGAGUCACCACCUUCUGCUGUACAGUUUUUGCCUGUGAUAAAUAAUGAAAACAUCUUAAUUGGUAUUGUAACAUUGCAUGGAUUAGUUUCAGCCGGUCUCUGAUCUGUGAACCCUACA